AUCAUGGAAGGAACAGUAAUCAAAGGAGACUGGUCUCCACGCAUCACCGUCCGCGAUGUUAUUUGCACCUUGCAAUCCGGCGAUCGGAUGUUCUUCGGUGUUCUGGCUGAGAAGCAAGAGUCUCGGCUAUGGACAUGGCUCGAGUCGGACCUGCUCCUUUGGGUCUUUGAUGAUGGCCAAUGCGUUAGAGAAUGGCGAGAAUGUGCUCAGCGUCCUCACAUGUUUGAAGGCCACAGCAGCUACGUGCCUGAGUCAAUCGUGGGGCACCACGAGGCCGGAAAUGGCGCGGUACUCUACGGGGUUAAGUGGAUCGGAUACGAGUGUCCGACCUGGGAG